GUAGGGGGGCGGAGGAGGCUGCCUGAUCCCGGCGGUUUGUUGGCGAAGCUGGAAGCGCUCAACGCAGGAGCUCGCGCGGGCCCCGGGCGCCCGUUCAUGGGGAAGGAGAGCUCGCUUGGGGUCGGCUUUGUGGCCCUCAGCGGGUAGACGAACCGCGGCGGCAGCGGCGAUGCUGCCCUGGAGGCGCGAUCGGUUGCAGCCACGCCAGCGCAGGCCAGGCAUGGUGCCGUAGCGGCUGCUGGAGGAACUGCGCCGAGGCGGAGGAGGAAGGAAGGAAGACGGGAGCCGAACGGGCAAAGCAACCAAGGACCCCCCUUCUCCAGCCCCGAUUGGGGUGAAGAUCAAUCGCACGGCCAGUCUGCCCCACAUCACAACAACGAAACAGCAUGGCUGCAAAGGAGAAAUUGGAAGCAAUGUUGAAUGUGGCCUUACGAGUGCCAAGCAUCAUGCUUUUGGAUGUCUUAUACCGAUGGGAUGUCAGUUCUUUCUUCCAACAGAUCCAAAGAAGUAGCCUAAACAACAAUCCCCUCUUCCAGUACAAGUAUUUGGCCUUUAACAUGCAUUACGUGGGUUAUAUCUUAAGUGUUGUGCUCCUAACCUUGCCCAGACAACACCUGGUUCAUCUCUACCUGUAUUUUCUGACUGGACUGCUGCUGUAUGCUGGGCAUCAGAUCUCCAGGGAUUAUGUAAGAAGUGAGCUAGAAUCCGGUUACGAAGGGCCAAUGUACCUAGAGCCUCUUUCCAUGAAUCGUUUUCUGACAGCUUUGAUCGGUCAGCUGGUGGUCUGCACCCUUUGUUCUUGUGUCAUGAAAACCAAGCAAAUCUGGCUCUUUUCUGCUCACAUGCUCCCUCUGCUGGCCCGGCUUUGCUUAGUUCCUCUGGAGACUAUUGUCAUCAUCAACAAAUUUGCAAUGGUGUUCACUGGCUUGGAAGUCCUCUAUUUCCUGGCGUCGAAUCUUUUGGUGCCAUACAAUUUAGCGAAAUCUGCCUAUAGAGAACUUGUCCAGAUAGUAGAAGUUUAUGGCUUGCUGGCCCUGGGGAUGACUCUAUGGAAUCAGCUGGUGGUCCCUGUUCUCUUCAUGGUCUUCUGGCUUCUACUGUUUGCUCUUCAGAUCUACUCCUAUUUCAGCACUCGGGAUCAGCCAGCCUCUAGGGAGAGGCUCCUCUUUCUGUUCCUAACAAGUAUUGCAGAAUGCUGUAGCACUCCUUACUCCUUGCUGGGAUUGGUGUUCACUGUCUCUUUUGUGGCCCUUGGUGUUCUAACACUCUGCAAGUUUUACCUGCAAGGCUACCGGGCAUUCAUGAAUGAUCCAGCUAUGAAUCGGGGGAUGACGGAAGGAGUCACACUUUUGAUCCUGGCUGUGCAGACCGGACUCAUUGAGUUACAAGUGGUGCAUCGGGCCUUCCUGCUUAGUAUUAUUCUCUUCAUUGUGGUGGCAUCCAUCUUGCAGUCCAUGCUGGAGAUAGCAGACCCCAUUGUCUUAGCCCUGGGAGCUUCAAGAGACAAGAGCCUUUGGAAGCAUUUCCGUGCUGUGAGUCUGUGCUUGUUCUUGCUGGUUUUCCCAGCUUACAUGGCCUACAUGAUCUGUCAGUUUUUCCACAUGGACUUUUGGCUAUUGAUCAUCAUUUCUAGCAGCAUUCUCACUUCUCUCCAGGUCCUGGGGACUCUCUUCAUUUAUGUCUUAUUUAUGGUGGAAGAGUUCAGAAAAGAGCCGGUAGAAAACAUGGAUGAUGUUAUUUACUACGUGAAUGGCACCUAUCGGCUGCUGGAGUUUCUCGUGGCUCUUUGUGUUGUGGCCUACGGCGUAUCAGAGACUAUCUUUGGAGAAUGGACUGUGAUGGGCUCGAUGAUCAUUUUCAUUCACUCCUACUAUAAUGUGUGGCUUCGGGCUCAGUUGGGAUGGAAAAGCUUUCUUCUCCGCAGAGAUGCUGUCAAUAAGAUCAAAUCGCUGCCCACUGCCACCAAAGACCAGUUGGAACAGCAUAACGAUAUCUGUGCCAUCUGCUAUCAGGACAUGAAAUCAGCUAUCAUCACACCCUGCGGUCAUUUUUUUCAUGCGGGCUGCCUUAAGAAAUGGCUGUAUGUGCAAGAAACCUGUCCCUUGUGCCAUUGCCAACUUAAAAACACAACUCAGCCCCCUGGGCUUGGACCAGAGCCAGUGCCACAAGUAAAUCUUGGAGCAGCGCAACAUACUGUUCAUCAAGAAGCUACUGGAGCCCCCAAUAUUCAACACCAGGAAGGGAAUGGAGUUGAGCCUGUGAACAAUGAACAAGCUGUCAUAGGGCAGGACUCUGUUGAUGUCAAGGAAGAUCACAAUACUUUGGACAAUGCAUCUUCCAGUGAAGCCAAUCAGGUAACAACUGCCUCAGAAGGAUUGGCUGAAGAACAGGAAGAGGUGAUAACACAGGAUCUAAGAGGAGGCAUCCAGAAAUGAACUAGCAAAGGCUGGUGCAAAAAUACCUCCUCCAGGGCUCAGCCGACGGGUCUUCUCCUUUUUCUUGUUGUGAACAAGUGUAAUUCUCAGAAUGCUGGCCAAAAUGUAUUUAUAAUAUCCCAUGCUGAUUUCUGUGAGCUGCUUGGUAUACGGGGCUACCAGAGUGUUCCACUGGAAACUGCUUUCAGAAUCUGCCUCUGUGUUACAAAGAAGGCAGAAUCUGGGAAUCUAAGUUGAAUGUUUGGGGCUGAGAAUCUCAAGGGAAGGAACACGAGAAGAGGGUGUAGAGAGAGAGACAGACAGACAGAUAGACAGACUGAGACAGAGGGACUAGUGAAACAAAAGUCAGUAUUGCUCAUAUUGAAAUGAGAAAAUUAAACAGA